AUGCAGCGCCCUGUUUGGACGAUAUCUUCUAGACGGCCAAAUCAACACACUGCCCUGCCCAUUCAUCCAUCAAGCACCCCUCUCCACCUCUCAAGCCCCCAUCACCAAUCUCCCAAACGCUAAAGCAAACUGUCUUCUUCUCCUCCUCCCCCUUCUUCCCUAUUUAUAUAUAAUUCCCUUUUCCAUUUUCUUUCUCUUUCUUAACCUCUGAAGCUCCGCUGAGCUUGGCUGAGGUUUCCGGCAAGAAAAGCAAUCCGUUUGAUCAUCGAGGCUUCCAUGGAGAUUCUUGAAAAACCUACAAGAUUGAUUGGGGCUUCGUAGAGAUGUUAGUUUUUCUUGUUCUUCUUUGCGCUGCCUGUCUUGUUGGGGUUUUGGUGGGAUGGGCUUGGAAGCCCAAGUGGGUGGCUUCGGUUGAUAAUGGCAGAAUCAAUCUGUCGGCGGCGCGUUCCUCGCAUUCUACCAUGGUUCUCUCCCCGGCGAAGGAUUUUGGUUCAACCCAGGAAGAGGCUUCUGUGGCACUCACUGGAAGAAACCAUUUCUGUUCAUUGUCACAGCCCAAGCAAGAAAAUAGUGUUGUCACGGAGGAGGAUUUAAAACAUUUAAUCCACCUCGUGGAUAGGAAAGAUGGGGGUCCCCCUUGGAAACAUGUGAUGGAUCGUUCCACUCCCAGUAUGAGCUACCAAGCAUGUCAGAGGGAUACAGAGACUGGUCCUCCUCAAUUUUGCAGCAGGACUGUCUAUGAGGAUGCCACGCCUGAGUUACUAAGAGACUUCUUCUGGGAUGAUGAGUUCCGGCUGAAGUGGGAUGACAUGAUGAUUCAUGCAGCUACGGUGGAAGAAUCCCCCACCACAGGAGCCAUGAUAGUACAUUGGAUCAGGAAGUUUCCCUUUUUCUGCAGUGACAGAGAGAAUAUAAUUGGUCGCCGGAUAUGGAAAUUGGGGCAAUCAUAUUACUGCGUGACAAAGGGGGUGCCCUGCCCUUCUGUUCCAAGGCACGAGAAAGCCAGACGUGUGGAUGUUUACUACUCAAGUUGGGCCAUUCAAGCAGUGGCAUCAAGGGAAGGGAACGGGCAGCUGACGGCUUGUGAGGUGAUUCUAUUUCAUCAUGAAGAUAUGGGCAUUCCAAGUGAAGUUGUAAAGUUUGGAGCAAGGCAUGGGAUGUGGAGAGCUGUCAAGAACAUGGAGCGUGGUUUACGGGCAUACCAGAAGGCUAGAGCAUCAGGAGCGCCACCCUCUCAGCCUGCGCUUAUGGCUCAGGUGUACACAAAACUUGGUCCAGAUUACUUGAAGUCCUCAGAGACUGCUCAAGACUCACCCAAGGCUGAAGGGCCGAGUUCACCUGAGAAACCACCCCAGGAUUUGAACAUACCAAAGCUGCUAAUUUUCGCCGGGGCUGUUGCCCUUGCUUUUAGUCUGGAACGGGGCCUCUUGACUAAGGCAGUUCCUUUAUGGGCUGCCAGAAGGCUUGGAAACAUUGGAAGAAGAUUAUAGUUCUGCCAGAGGGUGCUGGAGCAGGUCCAAAAGAUAAAAUUGAUGGCUCUUUCCCACAACUGAGCUGUUCAUCGUGCAUCUUGGCUUACCUAUUCUUAUUGAGCUCAUCACUUCUUCUCUACAAAAAGAUGAGGGUUAGUAUUUCUUUGGUUUUCUGUUUUCUGAACACAAAGCCACUUUGGUGUUGUAAAAGUUAAUCUGUAGUUACAUUCACUGGAAGCAAGAACAUCUCUAUGCUUUACCUCCU